AUUCUGUUUAAUUUUUCCGCCAAUGUUUUUGUCUCGCAAGUCGAACGCCCUCCAGCAGAUAAAUAAAUACGAUCCGUUAUGUUAGUAUUGCCAACUUCGGACUAUACGAAAAUAUACUUUGGUGACUAUACGUACAUGAGUUGUUGUUUCGUUCUUUGUUUAUUUAACUUUAAUACGCUGUUAUUUCAUUACUUUUUACAAUAAAAAGUUCAUAUUUGAAGCAUUCUAUUACAAAACUGAAAUCCGCUGAAGAAGUCCAAAAUAUUUAUUAGUACAACUCUGUCCUAACCUACAUGCAAUUACAUCGAACGCGUGUUAUGCAAAUUUCAGCGUGGCUUUUCGUACAUCAACCUAUUAUAUUUUUCAAUUGUUAUUAAUAAUUCUGAUCGAAUAUUAUAGUGUAGUUGAAGAAAAUUGAAUAAUAAAAAGAAAACAUUGCCAGUGAUUUAUAAACAAUGGAUAACGUUGAAAAAUCAUUAAGUACCUCAAGAACAGCACUAUACAGAAGAAACAAAAGAAAAAUAAUUAAUUUUUUGAAUACUUUUCCACCCGAAGAAAAACGACUUAUUCCACAAAGUUACUUUACGUCAUCGAAUGAUUUUAGCCACAAAGCUGAAAAAAUAGAUAUAGAAGAAAUAUAUGACCACAAUGGACGUCAACCUAGCUGUUCACACCAGAUUGGUAACGACUACAGUAAUAUAAGUGCUACAAGAAAUAAUAUAAAUAACAUACAUUCAAAUGGAAGCAACAAUGGAAGUUACCAAGUGGAAAGAAUGGAAGAUGGUCGUGCUGUAGAUGAAAACCGGCCAGGUUGUUCCUACGAAGAUGCCGAAAGCUUCAGUAUCAUUAAUCCUACAUAUGACGUAACAAAUGAAAUUUAUUUAGAUGAAAGCGACAACGAAGACAAUCUACAUCCAGAAAUAACUAUGUCGCUCUUAAAUUUUGAAGUCACAGAUGACGGAAAUUUGGAUGUUGAUGAUGAUGAUGAUGAUGAUGAUGAUCAUGAUGAAAAUGAUAAUGAUUUCGGUUAUGACGACGAUUCCGACAAUAAUUAUGAUUAUGAAGAUGAUGAUGAUGAUGAUGAUGAUGAUGAUGAUGAUGAUGAUGAUGAUGAUAAUGAAGAUGAAGAUAAUUAUGAUAAUGAUAACAAUGUUGAUAUUCAAGGUAGUAAUAAUAAACUGCACGAGACUUCAUUUCUGAAUAUAAAUAAUAAACCAAAUGUUGAAAUUCCUUUAAUUCCGAAGAAAAACUUAACUGUGAAGGAUCAUUUACUUGCCGCAAUUGCAACAGCAGUUCGACAUAAGUUGACGUACGAGGCUACUUUAGAUCAACUGCGGUGGAUAAAAUCAACACAUCAUUCGAAUUGUAUACCGACGAAUAAAGAACAAUUGUGGAAACUUUUGGGUCGUAAUUAUAAUAUUUUUACAUAUCAUUAUUAUUGUCGAAACUGUCGUCACUACUUAGGUGAAAAAUGCAAAGAAACGAAGAAAAUAAAUAAAAAAUGUCUAUGUGAAGUUUCGGAAUCGAAUAUAGGCUACUUUAUAUAUUUAAGUUUAACUGCACAAAUCAAAGAACUCCUAUCAAUACCUAAUAUUUCUGAGGCUUUGAAAUAUAGAUUUUGGAGAACGAAAUCAAAUGCCGAUGCUUAUGAAGAUAUAUAUGACGGGCAAGAAUAUAAAUCUUUAUGUUCACCAGGAAAAUUUUUGGAAAAAUGGCAUAAUUUUUCAUUCACAAUGAAUACUGAUGGAUGUAAUAUCGCCAAAUCUUCAAAUUCAAGUGCGUGGCCUAUCUAUGUACAAAUCAACGAAUUACCUCCACAUAUGCGGAAGAAACAUAUGCUCCUUGCAGCAAUUUAUGUUGAUGAACAUCAUCCAGUUAUGAAUUAUUUUCUUAAACCGUUCACGGAUGAAAUGAAUAAACUAUACUUGUCAGGUGUAGAGUGGAUAUCUUCUGAUUCAUUAAAGAUAACAUCAAGGUUUAUUGUUACUACGUGCAGUCUCGAUUCUCCAGCUAGAGCUGCAGUGACAUCUUUAAUUCAAUUUAAUGGAUAUUAUGGAUGUUUAUAUUGUUACGCAAAAGGACGAAGCCUAAGGCCUGGUAAAUUUGUUUAUCCACUGAGUCAAUGCUACAAAAAGCUACGAACUGAUGCCGAAUUACGCGAUGAUAUGGCUUAUGCUUUUGAUAAUAAUAAAAAGCGACAUGGAAUUAAAACUAUCUCGUCGUUAGUAGCUUUGCCAUUAUUCAACAUACGCGAUGGGGUUGUUGUUGAAGCCAUGCACGCAAUUUAUUUAGGAGUAGUUCGGCAACAUACACGGCUAUUUCUUACGUCAUCUAAAGCUAAGUAUUACGUAGGAAGUCCUAAAAGUAUGGAAGUAAUCGAUAAAUGUUUAUUAGCUAUCAAGCCACCUUCCUGUCGGUCACGUAAACCUAGAUCUAUAAAAAGUUAUCAAAAGUGGAAAGCUUCAGAAUGGCGUAACUGGUUAGAUUACGGUCCAAUUUGCCUUAAGGAAGUAUUGCCGGCAAAGUAUGUUAGUCACUUUGCACUUUUGGCAGAAGCCGUUCAUCUCUUAAAUAGCGACUUCAUUUUAUCAAUAGCAUUAGACCGUUGUGAAAUAUUAUUAAAAGCAUACGUAAAACUGUUUGAACAAUACUUCAGCCUUGAAAAUAUGACAUCCAAUAUACACUCGCUGACGCAUUUAGUAGACGUUGUUAAGAACUGGGGCCCGUUAUGGGCACAUGAAGCAUUUGUAUUCGAAUCUAUGAAUAAAAGAAUUAUGGACUUUGUUACAAGUUCGUUUGCUCAAACUGAUCAAGUCGCAACGCGCUUCCUCAUACAGAAAUUUUUAGUUAAUAUCUUAUACGAUGAAAAAGUUUCUACUGAGACAAAAAAAUUCAUUGCAAGGCAACUUAGAAUUAAUUUCGAGCAAAAUAACGGUUAUGCAAGAAAUCUCUUAGUUGGCUUGGGAAAAUUUACAACUCGAAUGCCUACAGAUGAAGAACGAGCUGCAUUAAAUAAAAUUGGUUAUGAUCCUGUAAAUAUAGAAUGUUUUAAAAAAGUGAAAUUGAAUGGACAAAACUAUACGUGCGAAAAUAAAAAAAAACUUAGAUUCUGUAAUUCUGUGAUUCAUGAUGGAAGUAGGACAUUUGGCAAAAUAACUAAUAUGAUCAAGUUUCGAAUUAAUAAUGAAACUAUUGGUGGCAUGUUUAUAAAAUGUUUUCAUCAAGUCGGACGUGCAUUCAACAACCAACAUAUCCUUCGAGCGACAGCUUCAAAUAAUUUAAUUUUUGUUGAAGAGUCUAUGUUGAUAAAGCCGGCCAUUUUGAUCAAAACUUCGAAAGACUUAUAUUUAAUCAAGCAGACGAAUUGCUGGGAGACUGACUGAAGAGACUUUCGGUUCUUGAAUUUAUGGUUUCACGUAAAUGUCCAUAAAUUAUUUUGAUUAAAAUUUCAAUCUAAUAUUUUCAUUUUUAUAAUAUGUCGUCAAUUACGGUUAUUUAAGUACUUGCUAUUAUAGUAAAAACAUUUGUCAAUAAAAGCAUAUGGAUUUGUAAAUGUAAAUUAAUUCAAUCAUCUACAAAAUUUACAU